GGCUGCGGUGAGCGCCUGGGCUGGGGAACAUGGACUGCGCCCGCCUCUGGCUAGGGCUGUUGCUGCCUGUGGUAGCUGCGCUGGACUUCAGCUACCACCACCAGCCAGAGAUGGAACGGUUCCUGAAGAGUAUUACCCAAAACUACAGUUCUAUCACUCACUUACACAGUAUCGGGAAAUCUGUGGAAGGCAGAAACCUGUGGGUUCUUACUGUGGGACGCUUUCCGAAGGAACACAGAAUCGGGAUUCCAGAAUUCAAAUAUGUGGCAAAUAUGCAUGGAGAUGAGACUGUAGGGCGGGAACUGCUGCUCCAUUUAAUUGAAUAUCUCGUAACCAGCGAUGGAAGAGACCCUGAAAUCACAAAUCUAAUUAAUAGUACCCGGAUACACAUCAUGCCUUCAAUGAACCCAGACGGAUUCGAAGCUGUUGUAAAGCCUGACUGUUUUUACAGUAAGGGAAGGGAAAAUAGUAACUUCUAUGACCUGAAUAGAAAUUUCCCCGAUGCUUUUGAAUUUAAUAAUGUACCAAGGCAGCCUGAAACUGUGGCAGUCAUGAAGUGGCUGAAUACAGAGACAUUUGUCCUUUCUGCAAACCUCCACGGUGGUGCCCUGGUGGCCAGUUACCCAUUUGAUAAUGGUGUUCCAGCCACUGGGACAUUAUACCCUCGGAGCUUAACCCCUGAUGAUGAUGUUUUUCAAUAUCUUGCACGUACCUAUGCUUCAAGAAAUCCCGACAUGAGGAAAAGAAAUCCAUGUAGAACUAAAAUAGAGUUUCCUGGUGGAAUUGUAAAUGGAUACUUUUGGUAUCCACUCAAAGGUGGAAUGCAAGAUUACAACUACAUCUGGGCCCAGUGUUUUGAAAUUACGUUGGAGCUGUCAUGCUGUAAAUAUCCUCGCAAGGAGAAGCUUCCAAGCUUCUGGAACGAUAACAAAGACUCACUGAUUGACUAUAUAAAACAGGUGCACAUAGGUGUAAAGGGUCAAAUUUUUGAUCAGAAUGGGACUCCAUUACCCAAUGUAACUGUAGAAGUCCAAGACAGAAAACAUGUCUGCCCCUAUAGAACCAACAAAUUUGGAGAGUAUUACCUCCUUCUCUUGCCUGGGUUCUAUGUAAUAGAGGUUACAGUCCCUGGACACAAUCCACAUCUCACAAAGGUGACUAUUCCCCCAAAAUCCCAGAACUUCAGUGCUCUUAAAAAGGAUAUUUUACUUCCAUUCAGAGGGCAGUUGGAUCAUAUCCCAGAAUCAGAUCCUUUAUGUCCAAUGAUUCCUCUUUACGGAGAUUUGCAAGGCCACUCAGCUGCAACAAAGCCCAGUCUGUUCUUGUUUUUAGUGACUCUUUUUCACAUAUUGUUCAAAUAAAGCAAAAUGUGAAACUCAACCCCCAUCACCACCUUGAAUCAGGGCUUACUCGUGCCAGGUUACUGCAACUCUAACUCCCUCUGUGGGACCUUGACUGGAUAAACUCCACGGUCCUUCCCUAAGAAGAGGAAUGUUUGUUUCCAAAUCCUGCAACAAGCAAUGUAUGGUGAUAAUGAAAGGAAUGAUUUAGUCUUAAUGAUGGAAGACACCUACCCAUCAAGUACUGCUCACUUACACUUAAUCUUGAAGUAGUCUUAGAAAUUUGUAAGAAGUUAAACUUGAGAAGCAUGAAAGAAGUUCCUGCAAGAAAAAAAAGGAGGUAAUUUUGUAUACAGAGAGCCAUUUGAAUAUAAGCAAUGAAGAUGAACAUUUAUUGAUCACCUACUAUAUACAAGACCUUGCCAUGUGUACUAUAUGUGAAGAGAUAGUGCCAUAUAUAAUUUUCAAUGCAGGGAAAAAUGAUGAUAGCACUGGGAAUAUUAAGUUUUGCCAACAUUCUAAGGAAAUAUGAGAGAAAAUAGGCAACCACGUCUCAGUGGCCCAAGAAAAUAUGGACCUGAUGGGAUGACAAAUUUGUCUACAGAGCCCCAAAAUAAUAGGUCAAUUAAGGUAAGGGUCCCUGCCUUUCUGCAACCAGAUGCCACAGUCUUCUGUUAUGCUGAUGACCCUCAAAUGCCUGAGCUUCAGACUCAGGUAUGACUGCCCACUGGACACAUCUACCUGGAUGUGACCCAUAGAUACCUCAAACUCAUCAUGUUGAAAAAUUGAACAUACUUCUCUCCCCAGAGCUGCUCUUCCUCCUGCAUUCUCUGUCUCAGUUACUGAUAGCACCAAACUAGAAACCUGGGAGCCACCCUUGAUACCUCCUCCUCCUCCUCCAUCCCAUCUAUUCCGUCACUAAAGAUUGAUGUUAUUUGUAUGAGUUGAUUGAUUCUACCCUCUCUUCAUGGCUACUAACACCACCAGGUUUAUGCCAUCAUAGCUCACCUGUACCACGGCAACAGCUCUACUGGUCUCUUGCUUCCAGCUUUCUCCUCUUCACAUCCAACCUCCACACAGCACUGGAGAAAGGGGUCUAUUAUUUAAAACAAAAAUCGGCAAUCAACUGCUUGUAGUUCCUACACACAUAACACGCUGUGUGUCCCCUGUGUCUGCAAUGCCAUUCUGACCCACUACAUUUUCUUUCCCACUCCUUUAAAACCCAGUUCAGGUUGUUUAAUGGGUACAGAGUUUCUGUUUGUCAUGAUGAGAAAGUUCUGGAAAUAGUGAUGAUGGUUGUACAACAUUGUGAAGUAUUUAAUGCCACUGAAUUGUAUACUCAAAACUGGUUAAAAUGGUAAAUUUUAUGUUAUGUAUAUUAUACCACAAUAAAA